GGGAACUAGGGAACGAUAGAACAUGUGAUUCGAGGUUUAAUAAACAAUCUUUUUAAGGGUAUUUGCCGAAAUUGUGCCUGAGUCUCAAUCUAUCUGACAUUUUAUCAUUCUCACGAUCUUGUGAUUUGUUGAGUUAGAAUACCGUUUACUCUGUAGUAAAUAAAAGUGAGUUAAAAUGCGUGGAAACGAAAGAGACACGCCACCGUCAUCUGUGAACGGCGACGAAAUCACAGGUAUGGAGGACGAAAUCAUCUAUCUUGAUGAAAUGGAAGAGCUACAGUUUGACGAGGAGAUGGAAGACGUCAGUGAUCAGGAGGAAGAAGACGCAGAGAUGGAACCACCCGAAGACCACGCUAAACUGGUUUUUAACAAACACAAUGGCUCUGUAUUCUGUUGUGACAUUCACCCAAGUGGUAAACUGGCUGCUACUGGUGGAGAAGACGACAAAGCGUACGUAUGGUCCGUUGAGACAGGCGAAGUAGUGCUGGACUGCACAGGCCACAAGGAUUCAGUGAUUUUUGUUGGAUUUAGCUCUGAUGGAGCAUACUUAGCCACAGCAGAUAUGUGUGGGUUAAUUAAAGUUUGGAAGUGCAAUUUGGAGAACAAUGACCCCUGGACAGUGGCUUUCGAAUAUGAGGCUGAUGACUUGACAUGGGGUCAGUGGCAUUUUGGGGCCAGGGUGCUGAUCUUUGGUACAGUAAAUGGAGACAUCUUUGUUUUCAAAGUACCAUCUGGUGACACAAAAGUUUUGCAAGGUCAUAACAGCAGGGUGGAAUGUGGAAAACUCUUCAAAGAUGGUGUUCGUUUAGCAGCUGGCUAUGAGGAUGGUGGCAUCAAAGUGUGGGACUUGAAGACCAGCACUGUUGUUCAGCACAUACAACCAGAACCCAAUCAGAUCAGAGUCACGGCUAUUGACACCCAUCCUGAAAAUAAUCUUUUAGCUGCCAUUUCGACUGAUGGUAAAGUGAUCUUAGCCACAUCAAGUAAUGGCAAGAUUGUGGGGCAACUGGAGACAGAAAUUGAUUUGGAAUCUGUUGCUUUUGUGCAAGAUAGUGAGCUGGCAUACCUUGCUUUAGGUACCCUAAACGGCGCUGUGAGUAUUUGGGACACUACAAGGCAAAUGGUGAGGCACCAUUGCGCCAAAUCCACAGACGACGUGGUCGCCGGAGUCACCAAGCUGAUAUGGGUGAAGACGGACCUUGUAACUGGAUGCUUAGAUGGAUCCUUAAGGAUCUACGAUGGGCGAUCAGGACAACAAUGCGCCAUGCUCACAGGCCACAGGUCCGAGGUGCUAGAUUUGUGCUAUAAUGAAAAGGAGAACCUGAUACUGACAACUUCAGAUGAUGGCACAGCCAGGAUAUUUAAAUACGAAGUAAACAAAGGAAAAGAUUGAUUUAAA